GUCUGGCUGCGCGGUUUUCGGUGAUGCUGGAGAAGGGAUUUCCACAUCAGCUAGGAGGUGACUUUCGGUUCCUCGCUGGCCCUGAGACUGAGAGAGGAGAGGUCAGGACCGAGAGAGGCGUCCUCCUCUAAAGGGAAAGGGUUAAGCGGGGAUGGCGCUCCCGUGGGCGGGCUCGGCGAUCGGCAGCGCCGGGCUCUGUUAGCCAAGCCUGAGCAUCUCAGGAGGAUGCGGCGAGGCGAGCGGCUACAGGGACGCGCGCAAGGUGAACGCGGGGGCUGCAGGCGCGGCGCCCAGGCGCGGAGCCAGGGGAGAGGAGACCGAGGAGGAAGGUAACCGGAGAUGGGCAAGCUCGCGGAGGCUCCUGCGGAAACCCUCGCCCUGCCACCAGAUCACUAGCUCCAUGAGGGCAGUUAUCUUGUCAGUCUUGUUCACUGCUUUAUCCCCGGUAUUUGGCACUUAGUUCAUCCAAUGAGGACUGGAAGUUGAGGGCUCUAGGCCCAGGCAUCGGAGUGGACCAUGGCCCCCAGCCCCAGAUGUGCCCUCCUGCUGCUGUUGCUGCUGCCACCCCUGGGAGCUGGCCCUGCCCUGGACAGGGGCCUUCCCAUGCCACUGGAGGAUGCAGAACCACAUCUGAUCUCAGGAGCCCACCCCAAGGGCCCUAUGGGCAAAGAGCCCCAGGCCCGCGAGUUCUUCUGGGAGAACCCCAGAGAUGAGAGCCCCUGGAACUCAGAUGGCCCCCAGGCCCCUGCUGAAGAGCUGCCCGAGAGGCCCACAGAUGCUCCCCUCGGCCCAGCCCUGCAUGGGCCCAGAGCAGCCCAGGGGGCUCAGAGAGAAGGACUCCCAGUAACCGAUGACCUCCAGAUGGCCCAAGGGCCAAACUCCCAGGGUUGGACAGGGCCUCCUGACUCACAGGAGCCCCUGACACACAAAGCACUGGCUCCCAACCCUGUGGGCUCCCCCCAACUCACUUUUAUCCCCACAACUUCUGGACUCCAACUCAGAGUAGCCACAGUUCCUCCUUCCCCAGAGGAGCCUGGAGGCCAAGUGGGGCAGAGACCACCUAGAGAAGAGUAUCUUAUGAGUGAGGCCAACACCAGGGUCCUAAAGACUUCCCCCUUGGACCACCAGGGCCCUCCCCACAUUCUUGGGCCCCACUGGGGCAUUGGCAGGAGGCCAAUGCUGGGUGGGGAUGAGAACUUCCAGGAGGUGGCACGAGGCCCUCUUUUCACCCAGCAGGAUCCAGCAGUCCCUGGUGUUGGCUUGGUGGCCCCAGCUGAAGUGGCAUCCUCUCAGGAGCCUGGGUUCCAGCCAGACCUGGCAUUGGCCAGAAGCCUCCCUCCUGCUGAGGAGCUGCCACUUGAGCCCCACAAGAAGGCUGGAGCUCAGGAGACCUGGGAUGUCAGCUUUCCGGGUCCCCCACCCAAGCAGACUGACCUCCCUGAUGCUAGUGGAUCACCAGGACCCAAGCCCUCAGGUCCUCCAGCCUCAGAGUCUCCUGAGGGGCAGCUCAAGCCAGAGAUAGCAGCAAUGAAUGAAGCAGACCCCAUCUCCCCCCAGCGAGUGAGAGGGGCAGUGGAGGCCCCAGGCAGCCCCAAGUCCCCUACCCCUGGCCCCUCGGACCCUGGCCCACCUACAAACAGAACAGAGAGCCCUGUGGGGGCCCUGAAGCCAGAUGAAGUGGAGGAGUGGCCGGGGCGCCCCCAAAGCCAUCCCCCAGCACCCCCAGUCCAGGCCCCCUCGACAUCCCGGCGGGGCCUUAUUCGGGUCACCACGCAGCGAGCCCUGGGCCAGCCGCCCCCUCCGGAGCCCUCGGCCAGCUCCAUGGUGUCAGCCCCAGCUUCCAGCCCCCCUGCCAACGCUACCGCACCCCCUCUGCGGUGGGGACCCCUGCGGCGGAUACUGAGCUUUUCCUGGGAGCUGCACGUCUACGGGGUGGGGGUGCUCUUCUUGCUGCCCGUGUUGUUGGCGCUGGCCACUCUGUCAGCCGCCCCGGCGGGGCCCCCGCUGGCACUGGUGGCGGCUGUGCUGGUGCUGGUGGCUUCUGGGCUGCGAUCCGCCUACAUGCUAGCAGACCCGUACGGCUCGCAGGCGAGGCUGGGCGUGCGUGUCGGCCUGGUGCUCUACAACCUGCCCUUCCCCUUGCUGCUCACGGCGCUGGCGGCCCUGACCCUGCUCGGCCUGGGCGCAGGGCUGCCCCAGCCACUGCAGAACCCGCUCCUAUUGGGAGCGCUGGCGUCGGCGCACGGCUUGGGGCUGCUGGCAGCCGAUCUGCUGUCCGCGAGGCCUGUGUUCAACCUCCUGACGCAAGGCUUAUCGUGCGCCUGGGGCGCGACCGUGGCUCUGGGCACGCUCUGCCUGUGCCGUCGCCGCCUGCUGGACGGGCCGCGGGGCUGGGACAUUAGUCCGGGACCGCGGCUGCUGGCUGUGGCGGGGGCGCUGGGGCUGCUGGCCAGCGGCUUGCAGCUAGCCGCCGCGCUCUGGCUGUACCCGGGUCCCGGCCGGGUGGGCCGUUUCUCGUGGGCCUGGUGGGGCGUCCACUUCUGGCUGCGCCUGCUGGAGCUGACAUGGGCGCUUGCCCUGGCGCUGGCGGCUGUCACCGCCGCGCGACCCAGGCCGCCUACGGAACAUGCUUGCUGGGCCAAGCUGCUGCGCUUGGCGUGCCCCGCGCCGUCGGGCAAGAGCGAGGUGCCCGAGCGCCCUAAUAACUGCUAUGCGGGGCCCAGCGGCGUGGGCACAGACACCUUGGACAUCAGCAAGAGCCUCAUCCGCAAUCCCGCGGAGGGUGGGCCGCCUGCCACGCCCAAUUCAGGCGCCUGGGGUUCGGCUGCGUCGUUGGGCCGCGGUCCCCAGAGUGCUCCGGGGUUGUCCUGCAGCAGCGUGGGGCCGGCGCCGUCGCUGAGCGAGUUGGAUCUGCGGCCACCAUCGCCCAUCAACCUGAGCCGUAGCAUUGACGCCGCGCUCUUCCGAGAGCACUUGGUGCAAGACAGCGUGUUCCGGCGCUGCGGCCUGCGCGGCCUGGCCUCCCCGCCGCCUGGGGAUGCUCUGCGGCUGCGCCGAGGCAGCCAUCCGGACGCAGAGCCCGACGGCGCGGGCUCCUCGCUACUCCGCGGCCGCUGCCGGUCGCUCAGUGACGUGCGCGUACGCGGGCCUGUCCCACAGCACGUAGUGGAAGAGCCUGACAGGGCGGCGGCCGGGGUGGCUUCGGGCAGCUCCCUGGACAGCUUCUCCCGGGGUUCGCUCAAGAUCAGCUGGAACCCGUGGCGCCACGGGCUGUCGUCGGUGGACAGCCUGCCACUGGACGAGCUGCCCAGCACAGUGCAGCUACUGCCUGCCCCCUCCCCUGCCCGUCCCGGAGAACCCCAGGGCGACGUCCAGCCGCGCUGCAAGCCGGGGGACUCCCGCAGCGCCUCCAGUGAUACCAUCGAGCUCUGAGGACCAAGACCCCGCCUUCGCUGGCCGUUUGGACGGCCUGCUCGGCCAUAUGAGGGUUUGGAAAACUGGCAUUCCUGGACCGCCACCUGACUGCAGCCCCUGGAAAUAGGCGGCAAUGAACCCAUCCCCCCACCCGUUUUUUGGUUGUUUUUUUUUUUAAACAUAUCUCUAUUUUUUUCAGCCGGUAUUUUGCACAGAGGCUGCCACAUGCGUGGAAUACAGGGUGAAUGUGCAUGGAUUUGGGUAUGGAGGAUGGGGACCAGGUGCCCCAAAACACCACUCCAGGUGGAGAGAUGAGGCUCGCUUGUUCAGACUGACUGUCCUCUUUGUGCCAAAGAAAUAAACCCUUAGGACUUGGCUCAUGCCACCCUCUGGCCACGCCAGGAUCCUGUACUCCACAGCAAGAGAAGUAGGAGCUUCCCAACCCCCCAGGAAUUCUAAGUCUUGUGUAUGGCGAAGGGGGAGGACGUGCAGAGGAAAGGGCACUUGAACUUUGGAGACUUUAGUAAUAACGGCUACCAAUACUACUGAAUGUCUACCAUCUGUUGUGCAUUGUUUUCAGCUCUUCACAUAUCUCAUUUAAUUCUCAUAUUAAGGCUGAGUAGAAAGCAUUAUGAUUCCCAUUUUACAGAUAAGAGUGAAAUUCAGAGGUGAAAGUCAUUUGUCAUGGGUCCUUUGGCCAAUGGCGGAGCUGGUAUUGAACUCAGAAAGCUUAGCUUCUAAGCCUAGCUCCUCCUAACCCUACUUCAGGGUCAAGUCUCCUCUAUCUUCCCUCUACUCCCCCAUCAGGGGAGUUUUCAAUUGCCUAAGGUUCUAGGAGGUUUCUACACAGCUCUCCGGGAGUGGGGAAGGGUGGGAGCCUCUCAGUAGCUUAGCCAACCCACAUGGUGAGGGCAGGUAUUAAGACUGAAGCAUCUCCUUUUUCCAAGACCUUUAUUUCCUGAGAUGAAUAAAUAAAUCCAUGGCUGAGGGGAGGGUGAGUAUGGAAUAGGAGCUGGCAGCAAGCGGCAGGCAAGAGGGGGCUGCCAUGGCCCCAACCCUACCCAGACCCCCCUCAUCCUGGGCAGGGACCAAAGCUCAAUAGUAGCCACCAUAAGGAGAAUCUUAAUUUUUAAAAUUUCACACAUUGGGAAGCCUGCCUAAUGCCCCCAGGCUGAGAUCCCAGGGCAUCCACCCUCAGGAAUACUUUUUUACCCCAGAAGCCUUGCCUGCCCAGGCCUGGGU